UGCCGCUGUUCUUAAAAUCGCCGCUGUUCUUAAAAUCGCGCUUGUUCCCCUUCUCUUGUCCCUCAUGUUGCUGCUAGUUCUGUGACUGGAAGACUAGCCAAAAAAUUAUGUCAGACAACACCACAGAAAGCAUACUCGUCCCCUUCUUGGGGGCUUUCCAAGCUUCCUUAUCGGUGCUGCUCACUAUAUCCGCCGGUGUCAUUGCCGCACAGUAUGGCCUUCUCGACGACCGCAGCAGCAAGAAGAUUUCGACUUUUUGCGUCCGGAUGGCUCUCCCUGCUCUCCUGAUUACGAACGUUGGAUCACAGCUUGACCUGGAGACUGGAAUUCGAUAUGUCCCAAUCAUCAUCUGGGCCAUAUUUUACACUACAGUGUCAAUUGGCAUCGGCUUCGUCCUGACAAAGGUCUUUGGCAUGCCCGACUGGGUCAUCCCAGCCAUCGCCUUCAAUAACACCACCAGUCUGCCCCUCUUGCUCGUGCAAUCCCUAGACGCCACUGGGAUCCUUAGCUCCAUCGAUGACAGCUCUGGCGUCGUCACCAAGGCCAAGAGCUACUUCUUGGUCAAUGCCAUGAUUGGUAACUCCCUCACAUUUGCUCUUGGGCCGAAACUUCUCAAUGGCCAAGAAGAGGACGCCCCCGACAAGGCCGAGGGUGACGAUAACGACGACGAAAACGAGAGAAAUGGCGAAGAAGAUAUCGAGUCACAAGAGCAGGACGCCAUCGAGCACAACGAGCAGACCUCGCUGCUCCCAAAUCGCACCGUAACCAGAAUCACACGCACAAAGUACAGCGUUUACGGCAAGGGCAACAAAUACUGGUCAAAUCUAUCUCCGACCACCCGCUCAGCCCUCGAGUUCAUGUACAGCUUCGUCAAUGCUCCCGUAAUCGGUGCUCUCAUCGGGGCUCUUCUCGGUCUCGUCCCCGCCCUCCACCGCCUCUUCUUCAACGAGCCUGAGGAGGGCGGCUACUUCAACGCCUGGCUCACCUCCUCGGUCAAGAACGUCGGCGAGCUCUUUGCCGUACUGCAAGUCAUCGUCGUAGGCGUGAAGCUGUCCAAGGCGAUCUUGCAGUACAAGAACAGGGAGGAUUCGAAGGAGAGCCAGGUGCCUGUGGUGCCUUUCCUGGCUGUCACGUUUGUCAGGUUCAUCCUCUGGCCUGUCAUCUCAAUUGGCGUCAUUUAUCUCUUGGCUAGCAGGACAGAGCUGCUGACCAAGGAUGCGCUGUUGUGGUUCUGUCUGAUGCUUAUGCCGACUGGACCUCCCGCUAUGAAGCUAUCUGCGCUGGCGGAUGUUGAUGGGUCUGAGGAUUCUUUAAAGAUGUUGAUUGCCAAGUUUUUGACUGUAUGUUGUCCAUCCAUGGACUUGUGCCUUCCGACAUUUGUGGUAUUUGCUGACAAGUUUCUAGAUGUCUUAUAUCAUAUCACCUUUGAUCUGCUUCACGGUGGUUGGUGCUCUGAAAGCUAGCGAGGCUAUCGUUGCCAAGUAGACACUUGGUCUUUGGCUUUUUCAAUCGAUUGGGAUAGAUUCCUAGGGGCUUCUCUAGUUCCAGGUAUAACGUACUAUCGAUAUCAUAUAGCCAUCUACAAUUGAAUCCACGUGUGAUCUUGCUUCGGAUAUGCCUAGUAAGCAACUUUCAUGGACAUUUGUUAAUGACUACUGCAUGACAAAUAGUAGUUCGUGCGGUUAGGUCCCACGAUUUGACUCCCGUCGUACCCUUUUCUCUUCAUUGCGUUACCCAUCUUUCCAUCCUACUGUUCCGUCCAAUCUACUCUCUAAACUGUUUGAACGAGGUCAGCUUAUUUCACUUGAG